AACUUGAUCUUUUGCAAAUAAGAAAAGAGAUUACUCAAAGUAAUUCGUGUGCCAAUAUGAUGAAGGUUGAGGUCACUAUCAUUUCAAAAGAAACAAUCAAACCAUCUUCACUAACAUUGCACCAUCUGAAACCCUACAAACUCACCCUCCUGGAUCAGGUCACUCCUGCAACUUAUGUUCCCACAGUCUUCUUCUACCCCAUGACCAAUCUCAAUCUCGACAUGUCCCAAAUUAUUGCACAGCUUAAAACUUCCUUAUCAGACACCCUCAAUAUCUUUUACCCAUUUUCUGGGAACAUAAAAGACAACCUUUUCAUCCAUGAAUUUGACACGGGUGUUCCCUUUCUGGAAGCUCGUGUUAAUUGUUCCAUGUCUGAGUUCCUUAAGCACCUAGAAACAGACUCAUUGAGUCUAUUUGUUCCGUACCAUGCCUUUUGCAAGGAAACAAAUACUACUAUAGGUCAAAUGGCUGUUCAGUUGAGCCUCUUUGAUUGUGGUGGAAUAGCAAUCGGGUUGAGCUGCUCACAUAAGAUUGGAGAUGCAACAACAUCGAGUGCUUUCCUUCAUUCUUGGGCUGCCACUUUUACUGGGUCUCCGGAAGAAGUUAUACAUCCAAAUUUCUGUGAGGGAUCAACCAUGUUUCCACCUAGAGAUUCACUUCCUCAUAAGUAUAUAGAUACAAUGGAUAACUUAUGGUUCAAAGAAGGUGAUUAUGUUACAAGAAGGUUUGUGUUCCAUGACAAAGCAAUAGCCACCCUAAGAGCCAAAGCAAAAAGUGAAUUAGUUCCUAAACCUACACGCAUUGAGGCACUAACUUGUUUCAUUUGGAAACAUUGCAUGGCAGCUUCUAAAGGCAUAUCAGCGGGUUUGAAAAAGACAUCCAUGGCUAUGCUGGUCCAAGCGGUGAACUUAAGGACACGAAUGAAGCCUCGCUUGUCAGAUGCUUCUAUUGGAAAUAUAUUUUGGUGGGCACCUGCAGCAGUUGAUUUGACUAUGGAAGAGAGAGAGUUGCAUGAAUUGGUGGACCUUGUAAACGCCGCCAUCACAGGGUUUGAUACCGAUUUUGAGGAAAAUUUGCAAGGAAAUGAAGGGUUUUUGGCUUUCUCUGAUUACUUUAACCAGUUAGAAUAAAUGUUUUCUGCAGAAAUAAAACCAGAUGUUUGGGCGUUUACAUGCUGGCUUAGGAGUACUUGAUUUUGAUUGGGGGAAGCCAUUUUGGAUUGGUAUCA